AUGGAGUACACUGGGAGCAAUUAUAAAGGGGACUACAAAAAUGGACGGAUGGAAGGUAAAGGUACCUAUGACUUCCCCACCGAGACUCGGUAUGAAGGGGAGUUGAAGGAUGGAAUGUUUCAUGGCAAAGGAACUCUUUUUUUUCCAAACGGAAGCAAGUAUGAGGCCUCAUGGGAAGAAGGAAUAGCUUUGGAAGGAAAAUACACAUUUGCUGAUGGUUUACCAUACGAGGAAGAGAAUUGGGAAUAUUGCGAUGGCUAUGAUAGACGAUUUUAUACAGAAACAUGCAAUGGCCUGAAACCAGCAGGUCGCUCCCAGCUAACCAACAGAAUACCACCUAGAGAUAUUCCAGAAGGUUGUUAUGACUGUGGUGAUGGCUUCUACAAUCCAAAGUCCAGGGUGGUGGUUGAUUAUAAUCACAAAUUCCUCAGAAAUGCAGAUGAUGACGAACACAGUUGGAUUAUCAAAAAAUGCCGUAAAGGAUGGGAUGAAUAUGUUGGUUUCAAGAAAGGAAAGACAUCGGCAUAG